AUGCCUUAUCUAUUUACUGGGUAUCCCUUAGAUGAUCUAUACCUAGGGCUGGAUGAUGACAUAGAAUAUGAUUCUCCGUCAUCUGGAUCACCAGAUGUCUUGGCUGCAAUACCUGAUCAAUCAGCUCUGGCUCAAGCUGAUCAUCCAGGUUUUCUCAUCAAUCCAGACUUGUACCUCGGGCCUGAGGAUGAUAUCAUUGAUGUGGAUGAGUUGCUGGAUUCUGCCAAUCCUAAGAUUGAUGUUCUGGCUGCAUCAGAAGCAUCUAUGUCAUUGGAUGACACCUCUAAUAAACUUCAUUCAGAGCAGCCAGAGUUCACUAAUGAAGAUUUAUGUUCGAUGGCCUGGGAGUUCUGA